AGACGUUUACAUUUCUCUACAAGUUCACCGACCACAAAAAUGCCUCGAAUAAGGAAGAAGACAUCGAACCGUCAAAACACUCGAGACAGAGCCAAGAUCACCAAAAAGGCUGCUGAGCAGAAAAGGAAGGACAGAAAGGCCUCUAAGAAGGACCAGACUUGGAAAUCAAAAAAGAAGGCCGAUCCUGGCGUCCCUAACAGUUUCCCUUUUAAGGACCAAGUGCUUGCUGAAAUCGCUGAAGAGAAGCGCAAGUCUGAAGAAGGCAAGAUUGCUCGCAGAGAAGCCGCCAAAGCUCAAAAGUCUACCGGAGCCGAGGACGAAGCCGAUACGCCUGGUGUAUCCUCCCUUGGUCGUACCGUUCUGAAUCGUGUUCCUCUCACGGCUACCUCUGCGGCUGUCGUUACUCCUACUGAGGAUUCCGAUAUCCCUGAACUGAUUGAUACUGCCCUACCGACUCUUCAGGAAGCUUUGGACCGAGCUGAUGUCAUCUGCGAGGUCGUCGACGCGAGAGAUGUCCUUGGUGGAAGAAGUGGGUAUAUUGAAAGGCUCGUCAAGGAGGCCGAGGGCAGGAUUAUCCUGAUCAUCAAUAAGAUCGACCUUGUACCUCGAGAGGUUUUGCAGUCAUGGGUUUCUCAACUUGAUAUCCCGACGUUCCUUUUCAAAUCUGCUCUUCCUGUCCCUCCCACCCCUUCGUCAUCUAGAAACCCAGGACCAUCUUUUUUCUUAGAACCUUCUGUCAUUCUCGGGCGUGAGCAACUGAUUGCCGCAGCUAAAAAGUGGUCUGCAGAGAAGAAAAAGUCCCGAAAGAGUGACGAGCCUCUGGUCCUCGCCCUUAUGGGGCUGCCAUCUGUUGGUAAAACUUCUAUCCUCAACUCUCUUCUCCCUUCCACUGCCAACAAGUCUCGACACGUUGUUGCCCCUCUUAUCCCAUCUGGCCAGUCAGCCAAGUCCCUUCAACCUACGACCAAAUCACCUGUCGAGGUCGAGAUAGAUGUUGAUGGUUUGAAAAUAAAGGUCAUUGACACUCCCGGUUGGGAGCCAGUGGAAGAUGAGAAAGAUGAAGAUGAAGACGAAGAGGAAGAUGAACAAAUCCCGGAGAAAUGGGACAGACUUGAAGCUAAACUCUCCGGGGAUCUUUUAAGAAGAAAUCUAGGUCGCGUAGACAGAGUUAAAGAUGUUUUCCCUUUAGUGAGCUACAUCGUGGAAAGAUCCAACCACCAAGACUUGAUGUUGGCUUAUAACAUCCCAUUCUUUGAGAAGGGUGAUCUGGAGGCCUUUUUGACUGGUCUUGCCCGCGCCCAGCAAAGAAUCAGGAAGCAUGGCGAGCCCGACCUAGAAGGAGCCGCUCGUGUUCUUUUGCGUGACUGGGCACACAACAACUUCCCUUACUAUUCUUUGCCUUCCUCCACCUCUGCUUCCAAGAUGGAUGUCGACGCUUCUAAAGCGAUUGAUAAGUAUGACAUGACAGCAAUACUGGAAAAAUGCCGAGGCAAAAAGGAAAUGAAAAAGGAAAGUAGUAAAGGAAUGAUUAGAUUCAAAGGCGGGGAGAUUGAUGAGCGAGAAAUUAUCCUUGACGAUGACUACACCGCGAUGAUGACUGUCACUUCCGACGAUGAAGAGCAGGAGGAGAUUGAUGACGAGGAAGAUAUUGAUGAUGAGGACGAAGACGAGGAUGAGGACGGCAUAGAACUUGCGUCCGCCUCCGAUGAUGAGCCCGUCAUCAUUGGCUCAGACGAAGGGGAAGUUCUCGAGCUUUCUGAAGGUAAAGAGCCCUCUGAGUCGGAAUCGUCCCCCGAGCCGGAACCCCGACUUCCGUCUCCAUCUUCUUCCAAGCCCAAGAAGCGCCGUAUUUCAGAAGCUUCCGUUGCCCCUGCGAAGAAAGCCAAAAGGGUGUCGUUUGCCAGAAAUGUACCCGAUGGCGAGGAGAGAAAUAUUAGGGGUGGGAAAAAGGGCAAAGGGAGGAAGUAGGAUUGUAUGUGCUAUGCAUCGUCGUGAUCAUUAUUGGUCUUAUUGAUGGCAGAUGAUUUGGUUACAUGAUGAUCAACUCUUGUAUGCAU